AUGUCUGAAUCCCAUAACACCCUCGGAAAUGGUGAAUGGCUCAAGAAGGGCCAUAGCCUGUUCAGCCAAGACGGUUCCGUCGAGUUCAAAAUGCAAGAGGACGGAAAGAUCGCUGUUUACUGGGGUGGUGAAUGUCGAUUCCAAAAUACCAAGCAGCAACGAUACGAUGUCAAGGGUAUUUAUAUGCAAACCGAUGGAAACUUGUGCAUGUAUGACAAUAAUGGCGAACCCAUUUGGCACACCAAUACUGCUGGCUCUACUGGUGAUAGCACUGUUAUAUGUGCAGUUCAAAACGACGGCAACGUUGUCCUUUACAAAGGCACCCCAAUCUGGUCUAGCGAUACUUAUAAGGGCUAA